AUGGCGGAAAACAAAGGCGGCGGCGAGGCUGAGAGCGGUGGCGGGGGCAGCGGCAGUGCGCCGGUAACUGCCGGGGCCGUCGGGCCCGCGGCGCAGGAGGCGGAGCCGCCUCUCGCCGCGGUGCUGGUGGAGGAGGAGGAGGAGGAAGGCGGCAGGGCCGACGCGGAGAGCGGCGCGGCCGGGCCCGACGACGGGGGGGUGGCCGCGGCCUCCUCCGGCUCGGCCCCGGCUGCUUCAGCCCCUGCGGCCUCAGUGGGCCCUGCAGUUCCCGGGGGGGCGGUAUUGACGCCGGCCCCGGCUCCAGCCUCAGCUCCCGCUCCAGGUCCUUCGGCGGGGCCGCCUCUUGGACCGCCAGCCUCGCUCCUGGACACCUGCGCCGUGUGUCAGCAGAGCUUGCAGAGCCGGCGUGAGGCGGAGCCCAAGCUGCUGCCCUGCCUUCACUCCUUCUGCCUGCGCUGCCUGCCGGAGCCGGAGCGCCAGCUCAACGUGCCCAUCCCGGGGGGCAGCAACGGCGACAUCCAGCAAGUUGGUGUAAUACGGUGCCCAGUAUGCCGCCAAGAAUGCAGACAGAUAGACCUUGUGGAUAAUUAUUUUGUGAAAGAUACAUCUGAAGCUCCUAGCAGUUCUGAUGAGAAAUCAGAACAGGUAUGUACUAGUUGUGAAGACAAUGCAAGUGCAGUUGGCUUUUGUGUAGAAUGUGGAGAGUGGCUAUGUAAGACAUGUAUUGAAGCACAUCAAAGAGUAAAAUUCACUAAAGAUCACUUGAUCAGGAAGAAAGAAGAUGUCUCAGAGUCUGUUGGAGCAUCUGGUCAGCGCCCUGUUUUCUGCCCUGUACACAAACAAGAACAGUUGAAACUUUUCUGUGAAACAUGUGAUAGACUGACAUGUAGAGACUGUCAGCUAUUGGAACACAAAGAACAUAGGUACCAGUUUUUGGAAGAAGCUUUUCAAAACCAGAAAGGUGCAAUUGAGAAUCUACUGGCUAAACUUCUUGAGAAGAAGAAUUAUGUUCAUUUUGCAGCUACUCAGGUGCAGAAUAGGAUAAAAGAAGUAAAUGAGACUAACAAGCGAGUAGAACAGGAAAUUAAAGUGGCUAUUUUCACCCUUAUCAAUGAAAUAAAUAAGAAAGGAAAAUCUCUCUUACAGCAGCUAGAGAAUGUUACAAAAGAAAGACAGAUGAAGUUACUACAGCAGCAGAAUGACAUCACGGGCCUGUCCCGGCAGGUGAAGCAUGUUAUGAACUUCACAAACUGGGCAAUUGCAAGUGGCAGCAGCACAGCCCUGCUGUACAGCAAACGACUGAUUACUUUUCAAUUGCGCCAUAUUUUGAAAGCUCGUUGUGAUCCUGUCCCUGCUGCUAAUGGAGCAAUACGUUUCCAUUGUGAUCCCACCUUCUGGGCAAAGAAUGUAGUCAAUUUAGGUAAUCUAGUAAUAGAGAGUAAACCAGCUCCUGGGUAUACUCCUAAUGUUGUAGUUGGGCAAGUUCCUCCAGGGACAAACCACAUUAAUAAAACCCCUGGACAGAUUAACUUAGCACAGCUUCGACUCCAGCACAUGCAGCAACAAGUGUAUGCACAGAAGCAUCAGCAGUUGCAGCAGAUGAGAAUGCAGCAACCACCUGCACCUGUACCAACAACAACAACAACAACACAGCAGCACCCACGACAAGCAGCUCCUCAGAUGUUACAACAACAGCCUCCUAGACUGAUCAGUGUGCAAGCAAUGCAAAGAAACAACAUGAACUGUGGAUCUUUCCAAGCCCAUCAGAUGAGAUUGGCUCAGAAUGCUGCCCGAAUAUCAGGGAUACCCAGGCACAGCGGCCCUCAAUAUUCCAUGAUGCAGCCACACCUCCAAAGACAACACUCAAACCCAGGGCAUGCUGGACCCUUCCCUGUUGUGUCGGCACACAACACAAUCAACCCAACCAGCCCUACUACAGCUACUAUGGCAAGUGCAAACCGCGGUCCCACCAGCCCAUCUGUUACAGCAAUAGAGCUAAUCCCUUCAGUUACCAAUCCAGAAAACCUUCCAUCGCUGCCAGAUAUUCCACCCAUACAGUUGGAAGAUGCUGGUUCAAGUAGUUUAGAUAAUCUACUAAGUAGAUACAUCUCAGGCAGUCACCUACCCCCACAGCCUACAAGCACCAUGAAUCCCUCUCCAGGCCCCUCUGCCCUAUCUCCAGGAUCAUCAGGUUUAUCCAAUUCACACACACCUGUGAGACCCCCUAGUACCUCUAGUACUGGCAGUCGAGGCAGCUGUGGGUCAUCAGGAAGAACUGCUGAGAAGACAAGUCUUAGUUUCAAGUCUGAUCAAGUGAAGGUCAAGCAAGAACCUGGGACUGAAGAUGAAAUAUGUAGCUUCUCAGGAGCUGUGAAACAAGAGAAGACAGAGGAUGGCAGGAGGAGCGCCUGCAUGCUGAGCAGUCCUGAGAGUAGUUUGACACCACCUCUCUCAACCAACCUGCACCUAGAAAGUGAGUUGGAUGCAUUACCAGGCCUGGAAAACCAUGUGAAAACUGAGCCUACAGAUACGAAUGAGAGCUGCAAACAGUCAGGACUCAGCAGCCUUGUUAAUGGAAAGUCCUCAAUUCGAAGCCUCAUGCAUAGGUCGGCGAGAAUGGGAGGAGACGGUAACAGCAAAGAUGACGACCCCAAUGAAGACUGGUGUGCUGUCUGCCAAAAUGGAGGGGAUCUCUUGUGCUGUGAAAAAUGUCCAAAGGUCUUUCAUCUAACUUGUCAUGUUCCAACACUUCUUAGCUUUCCAAGUGGGGACUGGAUAUGCACGUUUUGCAGAGAUAUUGGGAAGCCAGAGGUUGAAUAUGAUUGUGACAAUUUGCAACAUAGUAAGAAGGGGAAAACUGCACAGGGAUUAAGUCCUGUGGACCAAAGGAAAUGUGAACGUCUUCUGCUUUACCUCUAUUGUCAUGAAUUAAGUAUUGAAUUCCAGGAGCCAGUUCCUGCUUCGAUACCAAACUACUAUAAAAUUAUAAAGAAACCAAUGGAUUUAUCCACUGUGAAAAAGAAGCUUCAAAAAAAACAUUCCCAACACUACCAAGUCCCAGAUGACUUUGUGGCUGACGUCCGUUUGAUCUUCAAGAACUGUGAAAGGUUUAAUGAAAUGAUGAGAGUUGUUCAAGUUUAUGCAGAAACACAAGAGAUUAAUUUGAAGGCUGAUUCAGAAGUAGCUCAGGCAGGGAAAGCAGUUGCAUUGUACUUUGAAGAUAAACUCACAGAGAUCUACUCAGACAGGACCUUCGCACCUUUGCCAGAGUUUGAGCAGGAAGAGGAUGAUGGUGAGGUAACUGAGGACUCUGAUGAAGACUUUAUACAACCCCGCAGAAAACGCCUAAAGUCAGAUGACAGACCAAUACAUAUAAAAUGAAAUGACAUGAACUUAAAUCAACUGUUUAAACAGAGAAGAGAAAACACUUUUAUUUAAGUGUUUCUGGAAUAUCUGCCUAUAGUGGGCACAUCUUUGAAGAAGCUGAUAGCUUUUACAUAGUAUUAGAUUGAAAUAAUGGACAGAAAACACAUUCUUGUCAAGAAAAGGGGAGAGAACUCUAUUUGCACCAUUAAAAGUAAAAUAGAAAGCAAAAGUGAAUUCAUACAAAGAUUUCUGUUACUAAAAAUAAGAGUUCUGACCGUUAGAAUUGGCAGGUGUUGAUGCCUGUGGUAUUGAUUGGUACAGGAUGCUGGGUAUAAACACUUGAGGGUCAUGUCGCUUGAUCAGUUGUUUCUUUGGACCAUCAUGCGCAGUUACUAAAACAACGUGUAUGCCUCCCCCUCCACACACACAUGCACUGGCUUGUUUUCUAGUUAAAGUCAAAGUUGUUCAGAUUCCAUUUUUGAUGUCAAUGCACAUGUACAUUGAAUCAUACACUUACAUUGUUUCUCAUUUUGAUGCCCUUGGGCCUUAGUUUUUAUAUUGUUUUAAAGAAUUCAGCAGUAGUGUUAUUUCUGUUCAUACUUGGAGUCUAGGAAACAUGACCAUUGAUCAUCAUUUAAUCAACUUUAAUGGUCUACUGAAAUAAAUAUGGAAACUUUCCAGUAGCAGAUCAUAUAAUUACAAUAAUCAUUUCCAGAAAACACUUCCACAGACUUGCACCUCAGCCAAAUCACCGUUUCACACAGUUAUUCCCAUGAAAGGCAGAAUGUUUGUUUUAAAAUUAACCUAGUUUUCUGUGUAUUUAAAUUUGAUUGAGAAGGUGACAGCUGGCUCUUAUCCAGUCUUCCUUCGUACCAGUUUUCUGAUAGACCACUAUUGGCAAACAGUAAAUCUGUCAACUACCAAAUGUGUAAAAUUUUCUGUAUUUCACUUUGUCUUAUUUGUAAAUAGUGAACUAAAACUUCUGGCAGAUCAGCAACAUUUGCUGAGCCUGUUUUUUAAGCUAAUGUGUAUUCUUACUAAUGUUCCUAUCAAGAAUGGAUUUGUAAUAUAUGCUGUCUAUUUCUAAUGUUCACAUUCAUAUUUUGAAGUUCUAUGUUAUUUUAAUAGAGAACAGACUUCUCAGAAAAUCUUCAGAAGCAGCUUAUUAUUAAAAUAUCAAAAUAUUGAAAUAAACCUGGUGGGGUUAGAUUACUCAUCUGUCCACCAAGUGGGACAUUUGCAUGGACUGGGAGCCUAACAGACAGAAAAGACCUGUAAGUAAAUCCUGAAAAUGCGCCAGUUCCCACUUAAAUGGUCAGGGGAGUAAUCCCACCUGUACGCCCUGACUUUGGCACCCGAGGCAGAUAAACCACCUUGGCUCUGUUUCAUUUUUCUCCUCUUCAUUUCUAAUGCUCAUAUUGAAGAUGUGUGUUUUAGACUGCGUACCUACAGGCAUCUCUUUUUUUUUUUUUUUGGAUUUAAAAUUUUAGUCCUACUUUUGUAUGGACACAUUAGAAUAUAAAGUGACCAAAAUAGAAGACUCUCCAUUAGAUAUUUUCAGACAUCAGCAGAUUUGUGGCAAAUUGUUUGCCUUUUAAAAAAAUCCAGUUUAAGCAGUUCAGACAGAUUACUCAGAAGAAAUUAUUUCACAUACUUGUCUAAGAGGUAAAUAUUUUUUAGUGCAUAUUGAAUUAAAUAAAGUGUUCUAAAGAAAUUAUUACGCAAACUCCUUUGGGUUGUUUUUCUUUUCUUAACAAGUGGUGGGGGUAAACAGGAAUGUGAUUCAAGCCUUCUGAUGGUAUAUUUAAACAGUGUUGAUUUUGUUACUGCUAUUGACCUCAUUCUCCAGCUUCCUUUCAGCUUCUCUUUCGGUUUUGUUGUAAGUUAAAACCAUAUCCCUAACUGUUUUAUUACUUUACUCAAAUUUCAAAUUCCUAUGAAGAGUUCCUUACAAGAAGGAGAAAAUUGUUUAAAAAUACUAUUACCUAAUUCUCAUUCCCCCUUUCCUGCAAUAUCUGUGAUUUCAAUUUAUCAGGAGACGUACCUUAAGGGCACAUUUUUUUUUCCCGAAAGUGACGAGUAGCAGUAUAGCUUUAUUUUGUCUAACAUUUAAUACUCGCUCUUUCACAGUUAUUAGAUAAGUCAUAUAUAUAUAGUUUCUACCAGUGGCGGAAGAAACAAAAUUUUAAGUAAAUACUUAUUUCUCAAUAUUUGGGGCCUUAAAAGAUAAUGCGUUCCCUUAAAGACAUUUCCAUGUUAGAUGGGGUUUUUCCCCUUUGUUUUAAGAUUGGUUCUUAAAAAGCCACUUUAUUGUCAACAUUUAAUGGGCUCCUUUUCUAUUAACAGAAGAUAAUUCAUACUGCUGAGGAAUUACCGUUAAUAAAUAGCCAUCAGUUAACUACCAUCAAACGAAGGUGUUUACUUAGAUUUCAUUUAAAGCUUUUUUCUUGCACACUGAUUAACUGAUCUAAGCUGUUUCUAAGUUGAUCUGUUCAGCGCUAAUAUAACUGUUGAAAAGUGUAAAAACUUGGUAUCUAAGAUGUCUUACGUGUUUUCCUAUUAGGUUUUAAAAAGACAAACGUUGAAUAUCAGUUCCUGAAGGCAGUUUCUUUUGAUACUCUCUGGCACUUGUAUUCUUCAUUAAAAGGUAGUAUUUUAGAUUUGGAGAUGUUAAUGUUUUCUUAAAGGCUUGCAAAGUUUUUGCCAUAUUUCAGUUUCUAUCUCCUAUUAGAACACUAAGAACAAAAUGUUCCUUAGUCGGUUUCACUGGCCUAAAUUUGUAUACUUCAGCACUUACCUGAACUAAUUCACUGUAGGAAUUACUUUGCAAGGUAAAGCAUGUGUGUGUUCCAAACGGUUAGAUUGUAGGUCAUGCUCUGUAUAAAAACAUCAAAUCAUGACCGCAGAGAAGUGAUCAGGCAUUGGAUCCAUUGUUGAAACUAUCCUUUUUGGAAUCAACAAGGUACUUUCUGACUUCUAUUUCUUAUCUAAAGGAAUUUUAAAUAAAUUUUAAAGUCAGUUAAUUCUCACUUUUUGUUAAUGGUUUUUAAAAAUUUUCGUUAAUCCAAAGAAAUAAUGUUUUUAAAUAGAAGCAACAGGUUUACAGUGUGCAAACUGUAGAUUUAUUAAUUACCUCAGCAGGUAUCCUGCCAUGUAAUUAUUAGUGAUUAGCAUUAAUAAGUUAAUAGAUUUAGGUCUUCUGACUAUGCCCUUGGAUUGUGGCCCACCAUAUAUUACUAAACAGUCUCUUAGUGUCCAAAAAUGGGAGCAGAUGCUGUUGUUCCCUCUCCCUUGACCUUUUAAGUUCCUUACCUCCUCCCAACUCAAAAUAUAACACAUGAAGUAAUGAAAUCUCACUUCUUGUUAGCACUGCUUAUUUGCAUAAUCAGCACUGGAUCAGUGAGUAGCUUCAUAAAAAUCUAUCCACCCCAGCUCUCUUAAUUAAAACAAUUAAGUUCUGAAUUCAUACUAUGAAUUCUUAACUCAUACCAUCUGUAUUAAUAAUCUGCUGAAGGUGAUCCAAGGUUUUCAAGGUGUGUCACAGUCUGAUCCUGUGCCGACCAGAUGUUUUACUUCUCACAGUUAUCUCCUCCUUGAUAAAGCAAUAACACUGCUUUAAGUCUGCUGCCUACGCAUGUCAUAAUCCUUUCCUGGAUGGUGAUUUUAUAGGAAAGUUUGUAUGCAUAUCACCCAGUCUAUCUUUUAAAAAUUAAGAAAAUUAAAUGUAUGCUGGAGCUAAUGACAAUAUAUUGUGGCAUUUUAUUUUAAAAAUUGGGGAAAGUUGCAUAUUUUUUUAAAAGUAGGUGUUUGAGUAAAAAAAAUUGAAGGUACUUUUUUAAGAAAAUUUAUAUGCCUCAGUUUACAUAGACAUUUCAGAUUUCAACAUGUACUCUGGGAUAUAAUGGUUUCUUUUACUUGGUCAAAAUGCAUGUAUAGCAUUUCUUCCAUCUUGGUUCCUUGUGUUUGCCUUUGUGGUCUUUUAUAUAUAUUUUUUAUUGUAUCAGAGAAACACAGUUAACUCCAUUUGGAUAUAUUUGUCAUAAUCAAACUACAAAAUGUACAAAAUUAAGUUCAGCUAUCUUGUAGCAAGUGAUCUUUAAAAUUAAAAAAAAGCUGUUCUUUUAAAUUCACCAAAUUUGUAUGUGGAAGGCACAGAGAUGAUUUUCUGGGUGCCACUGCAAUAUUCCCUUUCAAGUGUGGCCUGAAUUUCAAUCUUAAGAACGAAAUGCAUGUCUGCUCCUGGUCUGAAAAAUGUAGGCAUUUACUAUGUUUUAAAUAAGCAAAAGAUGUCUAUAAGCCUAUCAGAAAAGAUUUGUGCAAUCUGAAAGCCUGUUAAUUUUCUAUGUAGAAAUAACUGACACACGAAAGGGUCAAAUUCAUAGCCUUACUAGUUCCUUGCUUCCAGUAUUUCAACUGGUCUCCUUCCCUCAUUAUUUUUUUUAUUACUACUACUACUACUACUACUACUACUACUACUAUUACUACUACUACUACUACUACUACUACCACCACAACUCCUAUUAUUUUUGCACAUAGUUAACUACCCUUCAGUAUGAUUCUUAAAGAAAAAGUGCUGUUUCUGUGGUAUUGUAUUCUCUAAAUAAUCAUAUUUAAUUUUUUUUAAAAAGUUGCAGUUUCUAAUUGUUCCGUUCCUGUGUUUUUUGCUGGUGUGUAAUAAAGACAAGAUUUUCUUUUCAUGGUUAUUUAAUACAUUAGCUGCCUGUAAAUAUUUCUUGUUAUAAUGCUCUGGAAUGUGUUGUAGAAGUUGUACUAGAUUAGUUUAAAUUCUUGUUUGAAAGCC